GUCCCCCGGGCUCCACCGGCAUCAUGUGCCAGGACAGGUGUCCUGAUGAAACCUACAGCUUUGGGUGUCAGCACAGCUGCCCGUGUCAGCAUGGGGGCACAUGCCAGCACGACACCGGGGCAUGCCUGUGUCCCCCAGGGCACCAAGGAUCACAUCUUAGGGUAAUUGCCGGUCUCACAUUCAGAUUGCAAACUGCCCCUGCCUCUCAAAACUGCCCCUCAGCCCACACCACCAAACAGCCUCCAUGUCAGGGUGCCUGUGUCAUGGAUGACCACUGCCAACAUGGCAACUGCUGCGGCGUUGCCUCGGGCACAUGUGAGUGUGCCCCAGGCUGGCGUGGCCACCUUUGUCACAAGCCAUGUCAUCAAGGUUUCUGGGGAGAAGAGUGCCAGGAGGUGUGCUCCUGUUAGCAUGGGAGUCAGUGCCACCACAUCACUAGGGAGUACAGGUGUCCCGCGGGAUUCAACGGCGACAAGUUCCAAUUUGACGUGUCUUGUGCUGGCGAACAUCCUGUCUGCAGUCAGUCUGGUGGUGCCGUUUUGCAGGCUCUGACGUCAGGAAGAGCCAAAUGGAGGGUGUCUACAGCCAGUACUGGGUGUCCUGAUGCUGUACAAGUGUCAAGCCAGGUGCCACAGCACACAUGGUGUCAGCUGACUCCACCAGUGUAUUGCCCAGUCCAGGGUUUAUUGCUGUAUGACUUGUAUGCCUUUGCCAAUAAAUAAAUUUGUGACUAUUCUUAUAUAUGUGAAAUAUAUAGUUUGCUAACAGUGUGGUAUUGUAUAAAAAAUAUUUGGUGGUAAUAAUUCAUGCCCUCAAGGUAAAAAAAAAAAAAAAGCCAGGAUUGGCCCAGAAAUAAACUAAGUAUAAGAUACGAUUUGUACAUAGAGGCUCUGUCUGAGUGACUUUGGUGUUGCUUGGAUGGGGCCUCUAUGUGCAAAUCAUGUCUUAUACUUAGUAGUUUAUUUCUGGGCCAAUCCUGGCUUUUUUUUGGCCAAUCCUGGUUUUUCUUUUUUUUGCCUUGAGGGCAUGAACAGUUACUCCCAGAUAAGUUGUUUAUUUGCCAAAGAUAUUAUUGACAGUUAUAUAAAUACCCAUCAUGUUCAAGAUGGUAUAUUGAAUUUUUAUUUUACUGCAUUUUUCUAUUGUAUGUCAUUAAUAAAUACGCAAGAUAAA